AAAAAAUAGAGACUGUACUUGCUGUCGAAGGUAGCAAAGUCGAUCUCCAGUGUGAUAUAACACCGCCAUCACCAGAUGAUGAAGUAGCGCUUGUUUUGUGGUAUAAAGACGAGAGCACGACGCCGUUAUACAGUUUAGAUUCCAGACGAAGGGACUUACAUCAAGCCAAACAUGCACCUGGACAGGAGAUUGCAGGACGGGCGUUUUUGGAUGUAUCCACUCAUCCAACGGUGCUCAGGCUUGAGAAUGUGAAAGCAGAAGAUGAGGGCGAGUACAGAUGUAGAGUGGACUUCAAAAUAGCAAGAUCCAGGAAUGCACUUGUAAUUCUAGAAAUAAUUAUUCCUCCAAAGAAGCCGGUGAUAAAGGAUUCUAGUGGGGAGAUUCUUCAGCGAGUCGCUGGGCCUCACAACCUCGGAUCGAAGCUAUUACUCAUCUGUGAAGUUGAAGGAGGAAAGCCUCCUCCGUCAGUCAUGUGGUGGAAAGAUUCCAUUCUCCUAGAAGGCACCUAUCAGGUCUAUCCUCACAUGGUGAGGAACGAAUUGGUGGUGGAUUCCUUGGAUCGAAGCGAUCUUCAUAGCGCCUUUUCCUGCCAAGCGUCCAAUAAUAAUAUAUCCGUUCCCGCCGUUACGUCUGUCACCGUCGAGCUGAACCACCCACCACUACUUGUUCAUAUUGAAGAUAAAAACCGGGCUCUGUCUGCACAAAAACCUGUAGAGCUCGUGUGCAGGGCAGGUGGUUCCAGACCGCCAGCCAAUAUCACAUGGACAAUUGGUCGAUUGCCUCUUAAAGGAACCAAAGAAAAGAUAUCUUCAGAAGGAAAUAUUACAACAGGAAGAUUAACUUUCAUACCUACGAUAGAAGACAGAGGUAAAAAUAUAACUUGCAGAGCAGAAAACAUGCUUAUACCUGGCAGUUCAAUUGCAGAUGAAUGGAAGGUAGACGUCCAUUACGUACCGCAGUUAACUCUGAAACUGGGCAGCAAGCUUCGGCACUCUCACAUCCAGGAGGGCAAGGACGUUUAUCUGGAAUGUGCCAUCAUAGCCAAUCCUUCCGUUUCGGAAAUUGGAUGGCGGUUUGAAGAUAGGGAGUUACAUACCAAUAAGUCUGCAGGCAUCAUCGUUAGUAAUCAAUCCCUGGUGUUACAGAGCGUUAAGAGGAGUAAUCGUGGAAAGUAUACUUGCACGGCAGAUAAUUCUGAAGGCAGAGGAGAGAGUGCAGCUCUGUAUCUUAGAGUACAGUAUGCGCCAGUUUGCAAAUCAGAUCAGAAACUACUGUACGGCGUGGCAAGACACGAACCUGUGAAAGUGUCUUGCGAAGUGGAAGCGGACCCAUCCAAAGCGAAUUUCACCUGGAAAUUUAAUAAUUCCGUGGAGAGCAUCGAAGUGGUGUCAUUUGCUAGUGAGGAGAGCCGAAGCAUUGCGACUUACAUACCGAGGACAGAGUAUGAUUACGGCACGUUGCUCUGCUGGGGCAAGAACUCGGUGGGCAUGCAGAAGGAACCCUGUGUCUUCACAGUCAUACCUGCAGGUCCUCCAGAUGCUGUUCAGAAUUGCAGUGCCAGUAAUCAUACAGAAGAAUCGCUUAUGGUCCGAUGUCAAGAGGCUUAUGAUGGCGGACUCCAGCAAAGUUUCAUGUUAGAAACUUAUGACUCUGAACAUGUGAUAAUGUUAAACAAUAUGACCAAUCCUACACCAAUUUUCAAUGUUUAUGAUCUGACGCCCGGCACUAGUUUUGUGAUAGCUAUAUAUGCUUUUAAUUCUAAAGGGAGAAGUGAACCAAAGAUUUUAAGAGCAAGUACUUUAGCUACACCAGAAAGUUUGACACAGAGAGAUGAUCCUUGGCAAGCAACAUUCAGUCCUGUAUUGAUAGUCCUUAUAUGUGUAGUAGUUGUUCUUGUGCUGGUUACCAUCACAAUCGUUAUUGUUGUCAAAUCUCGAAACAGAACAGAAAACGAGAAAGACCGACAAAAACAUGGAAAUGACAAGUAAGUAUGUGUAUUAAAUUGUGUGAAAAUGCUUAAGAUUUCGUUAUAAAAUUUCCAUGAGUGUCUAUAAAAUCUGAUGUGAGUUCG